CUGUUGGAAAGUUUCUAGAAUCUCUUCCCAGCGGCCUUUGCGGUUCCAACAUGGCGGAGCUGACGGUGGAGGUUCGCGGCUCCAACGGGGCUUUCUACAAGGGCUUUAUCAAAGAUGUUCAUGAAGACUCCCUCACAGUUGUUUUUGAGAACAAUUGGCAGCCAGAACGUCAGGUUCCAUUUAAUGAAGUUAGAUUACCACCACCACCUGAUAUAAAAAAAGAAAUCAGUGAAGGAGAUGAAGUAGAGGUAUGCGUGUAUUCAAGAGCAAAUGACCAGGAACCUUGUGGAUGGUGGUUGGCUAAAGUUCGAAUGAUGAAAGGAGAAUUUUAUGUCAUUGAAUAUGCUGCUUGUGAUGCCACUUACAAUGAAAUUGUCACAUUUGAACGACUUCGGCCUGUCAAUCAAAAUAAAACCGUCAAAAAAAAUACCUUCUUUAAAUGCACAGUGGAUGUCCCUGAAGAUUUGAGAGAGGCGUGUGCUAAUGAGAAUGCACAUAAAGAUUUUAAGAAGGCAGUAGGAGCAUGCAGAAUUUUUUACCAUCCAGAAACCACACAGCUAAUGAUACUGUCUGCCAGUGAAGCAACUGUGAAGAGAGUAAAUAUUUUAAGUGACAUGCACUUGCGAAGUAUUCGUACGAAGUUGAUGCUUAUGUCCAGAAAUGAAGAGGCCACUAAGCAUUUAGAAUGCACAAAACAACUUGCAGCAGCUUUUCAUGAGGAAUUUGUUGUGAGAGAAGAUUUGAUGGGUCUGGCAAUAGGAACACAUGGUAGUAACAUACAACAAGCUAGGAAGGUUCCUGGAGUUACAGCAAUUGAGCUAGAUGAAGAUACUGGAACAUUUAGAAUCUAUGGAGAGGUAAGCCAUUUUCUGUCCCCCACCUACUUAUUCAAGUAUUUUUUGAAUGUUUACUAUGUGUCAGGCACUGGAAAAGUUAUUGGAAAAAAUGGCAAGGUUAUUCAAGAAAUAGUGGACAAAUCUGGUGUGGUUCGGGUGAGAAUUGAAGGAGACAAUGAAAAUAAACUACCUAGAGAAGAUGGAAUGGUCCCAUUUGUAUUUGUUGGCACUAAAGAAAGCAUCGGAAAUGUGCAAGUUCUUCUAGAGUAUCAUAUUGCUUACCUGAAGGAAGUGGAACAGCUAAGAAUGGAACGCCUACAGAUUGAUGAACAGCUGCGACAGAUUGGUUCUAGGUCUUAUAGUGGAAGAGGCAGAGGUCGUCGGGGCCCUAAUUACACCUCCGGUUAUGGAACAAACUCUGAGCUGUCUAACCCCUCCGAAACAGAAUCUGAGCGUAAAGAUGAGUUGAGUGAUUGGUCAUUGGCAGGAGAAGAUGAUCGAGAGAACCGACAUCAGCGUGACAGUAGGAGACGCCCAGGAGGAAGAGGCAGAAGUGUUUCAGGGGGUCGAGGUCGUGGUGGACCACGUGGUGGCAAAUCCUCCAUCAGUUCUGUGCUCAAAGAUCCAGACAGCAAUCCAUACAGCUUACUUGAUAAUACAGAAUCAGAUCAGACUGCAGACACUGAUGCCAGCGAAUCUCAUCACAGUACUAACCGUCGUAGGCGGUCUCGUAGACGAAGGACUGAUGAAGAUGCUGUUCUGAUGGAUGGAAUGACUGAAUCUGAUACAGCUUCAGUUAAUGAAAAUGGGCUAGUCACAGUUGCAGAUUAUAUUUCUAGAGCUGAGUCUCAGAGCAGACAAAGAAACCUCCCAAGGGAAACUUUGGCUAAAAACAAGAAAGAAAUGGCAAAAGAUGUGAUUGAAGAGCAUGGUCCUUCAGAAAAGGCAAUAAAUGGCCCAACUAGUGCUUCUGGCGAUGAAAUUUCUAAGCUACAGCGUACUCCAGGAGAAGAAAAGAUUAAUACCUUAAAAGAAGAAAACACUCAAGAAGCAGCAGUCCUGAAUGGUGUUUCAUAAACUGAAGAAGUUCCUAGUUUACAGUUCUUUUACAUUACAUUUUACAAUAGUGCUUGUACAAGCUUGCCAAAGAUAGAAUAUGGAUCGCCAGUCUUUACAUCGCACUUUCAGUUCCUCCAUUUGGAAUUCAGAAAGGGGAGGGAUCCUGAAGAAAUCAUAUGUUAAACAUACUUUGACACCUACUGUGUUAUAAAAUAUAUCAUCAGAUGUGCCUUGAGAAUAGUAUAUGUAACAUUAAAAAAGUUGCUGGCUAUAGGAAAUGUUAUUUUGUUUUCAAAAUAUGGCAGAGAUGGGGGGGAGGUGGGUGGGGUGGGAUCCCUAAGGUAAUAUUCUUUAUGAAAGCAUUAGCUGCUUUUGUUACAUUUUUAAUAAUAUGCAACCACUUCUUCACCUGAGGAAAACUAGAGUGAAAUGCAGUCUAAAAUAUUUUGCACUGAAUUGUAAUUUCUUCAUUAGUUUAGUCUGGAAACUGGUCUGUUUUAAUGUGUUUUUAAAAUGCUGUAUGUAGAAGAAAAUCUGCAGACCACUGGAAUACAUUUGUUAAAACUCUCAUCUGCAGGGACACUGGGUGAUAUUGGCAGUGACUGUUCUACAUUGAGGCUUUGUUUGGUUUAUUUAUUAAAGUGUACAGUAUUUAAAAAUCAAACAUAGCUUUAGUUAAAACACUACGCUGAAUUAGUCAUGUCCAUUCAGACAUAACCUGAACUACUGAAAAGAUCAAUUUCCAGAAGGUUUAUUCUGUAUAAACUACAUGUUAGUCUUCAGUAGAGUAUCUUCCAUUUCUUACUUUUUUUUUUCUUUUUUCUUUUUUCUUUUUUUUUUUUUUUUGAUUUUGGUUGUUUGAUGUGCAAUAUGUUUUUGUAUGCAGGUAGUAAAUAAACUUUGAUCUUCCAGUUGCUGAUUUUUAACUUUCUACUUUUUAUACCAACUAUUGCAAAGUAGUUUGAACUACUUAGAGGCCUAGAAUAGUAUCCUGAUUGCUUUUUGAAAAGCGUUUAUACUUGCUCAUAAAUAGCACUAAACUGUUGGUCAGUUAACCAUUGUAAUGGAUCCUCUGAAAUCUUAAGCACUUAAAAUUUAUUCUGUUAGAAUGGCUUAGAGAAUUGGUCACACAUUUGAUGUUAGGAAAGUCUUUGUAACAAAAUUCUAAUCAGGCAGCUUUUGGAAGGCAGUGGGGUAAAAUCUAGAAUUUUACUCUUACAUUUCUUUAAUAAAAAUUUUUAUAAGGAAAUAUGAGAAUUUUUAAAUAUGGAAUAGGCUACUCAUUGGCUUUUUGAUUCUCAAGGAAAUAAUUUUGAAGGUUUUCACACUAAUGAUUGUACUUUUUGUAUAUAUUUUAGCUAGAUGGCUUUAUUUUAUAGGAAGAUAUUUUCACAUGAAGUUUUCUAAAAAGUAAGAAAAAUAAUUAUGCACCUAAUUGUGACAUUAUAUAAAAUAACUGUGGCUUUAUGAGAGGGUUUGGCUCCAUGAUAUUAUAUAGACCACUGAGCAAGAGAAAGACAGCAUUUUCUGUCAUUUGGUAUCUUAGUGUUUUUUAUGUGCAUAAUUUGUGUUAAUUUAUGUGCAUAAAAAUGUUAAGUGAUUUUAAUUUAUAAUGACUGAAGGAAAACUCAGGGUAUAGUAAAAAAUGUAGUAAUUGCCAGGUCAGUGUACAUAACCCCAGCCCUCAAAUUUAUUAUUGCUGAGGUUGAGAUGUGAUGGUAUUAAGCGCUUGUGCAUAAAACGCUAAUAACAAUUCUUAAGGUGUGUUGUGAAUAGUGCAGUCCUUGCAUUUUGAAUAACAAUAUCAAGUAAUUUCAUAUCCUGUUUUUUUUUUUAAUUUACCCUCUAAUGUAUUUUUAUCAAAGUUAGAAACAAGUAAAAUUGUUGGCCUUUUUAUUUAGUUCUCUUCAGUAAUAGGUUUACAGAUUAAUUAUAAGGUAUGAGAAUAAUGUUCAUUACUCCCCAAAUUGGUGAAUAUGGUAUAAAGAAAAAGAUUCUUUUCUCUCAUGUAGAACAGAUUCACUAAAAUCCUUUUUGCAUAAAGAUUGUUUCAAUGAGAAAGGAAGAAAGACGAGACAAUUCUUAAAAAGUGGGUAUAGCACAAGCAGUUCAUUAGACUAGAACUAAUAACCAUAUUCUAGGAAAUAAGUAUUAAGAUUUCAUUAUCUACAAAUGACUAAACCCAAUGUUCUGUCCUUUAAAGAAAUAUAUGUACUGUAGAAUCAUGAUAGAGUGUUGGGAGUAAAUAGCACAUGCUCAGAUUCAGAAGUGAAAAGCCCGCUCCCCAAAGAUAACCAUGGUUGGUUCAGGUAGCCUUCCAAACUCAUUCUGAGAGGGAUGCAUCUUUUUGGCUCUUAAUACUAGUGAUGUUACUAUGGGAGAACUUGCCAGUACACAUUAAACAAAGACAGUGAAACAAAAAUAUCUAUUCUAAAGGUCUUGUGUAGCUCAAGUAUUGUGUUAGCAUACAUACGUGAAAUCCUAUAUGGAUUCUGAACUAAAUCAUGGAGUAGGAGCUGAGAUUGUGUUGGGGCAAAAAUGAUCUUUUCCUGAAACUUGGAAGGCCUUGGAUUCUUGGAGUUGGCAUCACUGUUUUUAAGCUUUCAGUGGGCCUAAAACUGGUGAGUCUGUUGACAGAUCAGUCACGGUUGGUAAAAUUAUAGUUUGUGAAGGCAAUGUGUAGGCAAUCAAAAUAACGGAAGCACUAAGCUAGUGAGGAGGCAAAAGUAGCUGGUGUUUUGCUCUUGUAUUCUGGAUCUCCAUUCUACUGUGGCUGGGAUCCAUCACCUUCAUGUCAGCGGUAUUUUUGUAGCUGUGAAUUGAGUGUUUAACCUGAGAAGGGUCUCUUGCAAAGUUGGCAUGUUAACUGUUGCAGUUAGAUUGGGAAAUAGUACUAUUUGUGUCCUCUACAAAUAGAUUUAUACUUUUUUGAAGUAGAAACCAACUAGAUUUUCUCAUAGGCUAUGCCUACAAUGAACUUAGUCUACUAAGGACAGAUGAAUGGAAAACUGGCUAUAAUGCAGUAAGUCCUGUCAGAUGAUUGGUGGUUACUGGAAAUGAGAGUAAAAGAAAAUUACGUUUACACUUGGAUUUUUUAGAAGGCUUCAAGGAACUUGGAUUUGAACAGGAUCUAUGGGGUUUGGCAAAAUUACUAACGGCCAAAAAAGGAUGCUUGUAAAGUCCCAAUUUUAACUAUCUUCACUAUUAUGGUUUGACUCCACUAUACCUUUUUAUAAUGAUAUCUGGUAGUGUAUUGGCUAUGUGCUUGGAUUAGGAUGUGUGCUUGAAUGCAUAGUAGUCACUUAGAAUCCAUGAUUAACCAAUGACAAUAUUUGGGUAUUACUUCAACUGUUGCAAUAAAUCAGUAACUGCAAUUUUGUUAUAGACCUCUGGCAAGUGAUGAUAAUUCGAAACUUCACUCAACUACUGGUUGAAAAUAAGUCAAUUAUGUUGAACUACAGGGGACUGCUAAUAGUUGACCAUCUUUGAGCCACAAAAAAUAGGUUUCCUAUGGUUCAACUUAAUACAUUUUUAAAGUACAUUUUUAAGUAUUAUCAUUUACUCUAGAAACCCAAGUCAGGAGUCUAAUCCAGAAAACCCCAAACUACUAGAUGAGGAAGUUACAUAUAAGGAAUUAGAAAUUUUGUUUUUUAAAAGGGUAUUAUCAGUGGAUCAUUCUAGAGUCAGAUUCAUCUGUUACUAUUUCAUGUACUAAAGUAAGGGGCAUAAUCUCCUGGAUAAACUAUACAGCUUUUUAUAAAAAAGACUUCCAUUAGUCCAUUUGCUUAUUUUCUUUGAGAAUUUGAAAAGAUGUAGGUGUAAGUACAAAAUUGGGAUUUACUAUCUUCUAACUUUUUCUGUAUUCCAUUUCAUCUCAAGGUAUGGACUAGCUGAAGGCCUUUCCAGUAUUAAUGUAACUUGAGUCUAUUUGUAUACGGGACCCUGGGGUAACCCGUAACCAUAUUCCCAAUACUCUCAAUAGUUAGUAUGCUGAAUUAAAAUGUUUUAUAUAUGUAUCCAUCCCAGAUAUUUCCAACUAUGCUAUAUGCAAUCUAAAGGAUAUCAAAAGCAAGGACAAAAUUAUUUUUCACAGAGUUUCUCAGUCUUGAUGCCCCACUAUUUGUGUUUCAGGGAUUGGUAUGUAUUUAGGGGUGAGGCAUUUACAGAGAAAUUUUCUGAAUGUUUUGUACCCUUUUUACUUUAUUGUCAAAUGUAACUACUCGUUUUCUAAUUUAGAGUUUAUUACAAAAAAUUUCCCAUA